CCGGGCCGCGUGGCGCGUGUGCCGCGGGGCGCAACGAUGGAGCUAACAUGCGUUGCUACUAACGUACACGCUCUCAACAUUCUGUGGCUGAGAACCAUACCCGGGAACAAGACGCCCAUGAUGCUCACCAUCAACGCCGACCGCAUCAUUGACGACGACAGGGUAGCCGUACAGGUGACGGGCGACGGUCGACGCCGCCAGGUGGUGCUCAUCAUCAAGGACGUUGAACAUUCCGAUGCUGGCAAGUACACGUGUCAGGUUGCUACGCGACCUCCGCUCUCUGUUGACGUCACAGUCAUCAUAUUCGAUCGUCCCAAGCAAGAUGGCGGCGGCCCCGGUCGCGGCAUCACGGACGCAUCCGGUCCGCCGACCAAUCAGCGACCGCGGAUUGUGGAGAUCAGCAGCAAUGCGGAAGUGCCAGCUGGCGCCACUGUCGAGAUGAGCUGCGUCGUCCUGAACGACGAGCGUGGCAACCUUCUCUGGCGCUUCGCCCGACCCGGUCAACGACGAGCGACAAUGCUGACGGCAGGUGGCGCUAUCGUCGCCGACAACUCUCGCAUCAGCGUGCGCAUGAGCGGCAGCAUUAGCAGACGCGUCGUGAGGCUGCGCAUCCGUGACGUAGGUCCGGAGGAUGCGGGAACGUACACGUGCGAGGUACCCACUCAGCCUCCCGUCAGAGAGGACGUCAGCAUCACCGUGGUCGGAGAUCGCUCGAGAACACUGCCACCAGGUGGCAUUGGCAGCACACCACCAGGCAACUCCGGCACCAUCCCGCCGAAUAGAGGUGAAACCAUCCCACCAGGUGGCGUCACUCCGCCUAGCCACACACGGGCGCCACCGGGUGACGUUGUGCCAUUCAUCUCUGAGAUCACUAGAGAUUCGAUGGUGCCCGCAGGGGUCACCUUGGAGCUCACCUGCAUAGCCUCCAACGUCGGCAACAUGAACGUAAUAUGGACGUACCAGCGCCCUGGCGGAGAACUCAUCCUACUGACGUCAGAUGGCGCUGUCGUCGACGACAACGAUCGUCUGAGCGUGCAGCUAUCGGGGGACGCCAGACGUCGCAUCGUCAGACUGAGGAUCGCUAACCUGGGCAGGGAGGACCAGGGAAACUACGCGUGUGAGGUUCCCGCGCGGGAACCCAUCGUUGUCACCAUCACGAUCACCGUUAGGGGAGUGCGUCCAAGAAUACCGGGAGACUCCGUAACGUUGGUCGUUCCGCCGACCAUCAAGAGGGAGCCACCGUCGAUUCAGGACGUCAUUCCGUCCGGUCCCCAUGUCGACGGGCCGACGAUCUUGGAGGUCAGCCAAGAUUCGGACGUUCCGGCCGGAGCGACCCUGGAGCUGACCUGCGUAGCGGCCAACGUCGGAAACCGCAACGUCGUCUGGAAGCUGACGAAACCCGGUCGACAGUCGACGCUGCUGACGACAGGUGGCGCUGUGCUCGCGCACAACGAUCGUCUGAGCGUGACGGUGAUGUUGCAGGGUGGACGGCGGGUCGUCAGGCUGCGUGUGGCGGACGUACGGCGCGAAGAUUCGGGAGUGUACACGUGCGAGGUGCCGGGGUCGCCACGCAGCGUAGCCGUAGAUAUCCUCAUCACCGUGUUCGAAGGUGAGGGUGGACGGCGGGUCGUCAGGCUGCGUGUGGCGCACGUACGGCGCGAAGAUUCGGGAGUGUACACGUGCGAGGUGCCGGGGUCGCCACGCAGCGUAGCCGUAGAUAUCCUCAUCACCGUGUUCGAAGUACGGGGCACCACUCCUCCGACGUCCGUCACCGACUUCGUCCCGCCCAUGGUCACCAAGGUACCGCGCGUCGGCGGCGACGCCGUGUUACAAUUCGUCAGCACGACGCUGCCGACGACGACGCCGAUCAGCGGAGACGACGACGACCGUCCGGCGGCCAUCUUGGAGGUCAGCCGUGAUGCCGACGUUCCCGCUGGGGCGACGCUUGAGCUGAGAUGUGCGGUGAACAACGUCGGCGAAGCUACCGUUUUAUGGAAGCAUGCCGCCGCCGGACGCAGACCGCGCGUGCUGACCUCUGGUGGCACGCUGGUCGCCAACAACCGACGUCUGAGCGUGCUCGUUUCCGGCGGCAGAGAACGCCGCGUGGUGGCGCUGCGCAUCAGAAACAUCGGCCGUGGCGACGCCGGCACGUACACGUGCGAGGUCGGCAGCCGACCGCCGGUCAUCGCCGACGUCUACAUCACCGUCUACGGAAUUUAG